AUGUUGUCAAGGCAUAUAGAACAAAGGUCUCUCGCUUCUCGAACUUCAUUAGCUCCUAGUGCGCUGCGUUUGGAUGAAAAUCUCCCAAACCUACACAUCAAGCAGGAAUGGUCACAUCUCCUUUCUGAGAGCGAAGGGGUUUCCAAUCAUUCUGAGAUCGGAGAUGCCAACAGUCUGCCCUCAGAAGCCGAGGCACUGAAUAGCAACUUCUCUAGUUCUUAUUCAUCAUAUUUCUUCAGUAAUGACUCCAGCUCCUCGCUGGGCUUUGUGUCAAGUGGCAGCCCUCGUCACAUGGCCAAGUUACAGCCAGCCAAUGUGAAGAAACGAUCGGUUUCGAUAUCACCGCUUUCAGCUGAAGGGUUGGACAUCACGGCAAUCAUUCGCACCUCUCCAACAUCGCUUAUUGCAUGCGUCAACGGAAUGCGGAGCAGUACCAACGGUCUGUUCCCUCUCUCCGGAGGAAUUGGUCACUUGGGAGCUCGAAAGAGCUGCAGCCCACAGUCCUGCUCUGUGUUAGACAGCCAGUGCAAUUUGCCUUCCCCUGCGUCGUCACUGUCCUCUUUCCCAACACGCAGUUCUGAGCAAGAGGGUACUGAAGGUGAGCCCGUCCCUUUGCAGCAACCAGAGGAAAACAUGGACCUUGGUCUGGUAAUAGGCAACAUGGUUGUUCAACAUGGAGUGGCAGACGGUUGCCAUAAAAUAAACUUUUUCAAGCAUGAGCCUAUUGAUGAAUAUUCACAUGAUACAAAAUUGUUUCAGCACCACCAUGGGCCGCCUCCCCCAUACCAUUCCCAGCAGCACUUUGGUCAGUCUCACGGGACCAUGACUCACUUACAUGAGCUGCCACCUAAUGGACAUAUUCAGCUUGAUGAUGGAGGUGAGUUGCCCAAGAACAAUGGGAAGCAGAUCUGUCGAUGGAUAGACUGUAACACUGUCUAUGACCAGCAAGAGGAUUUGGUGAGACACAUUGAGAAAGUGCACAUUGAUCAGCGAAAAGGAGAGGACUUUACAUGUUUCUGGACUGGGUGUGUGAGGCGAUACAGACCCUUUAAUGCUCGCUACAAGCUCCUGAUACACAUGAGAGUUCAUUCAGGAGAGAAGCCCAAUAAAUGCAUGUUCGAAGGCUGUAAUAAGGCAUUUUCUCGACUAGAAAAUCUCAAAAUCCACCUGCGGAGCCACACAGGGGAGAAACCUUACCUUUGCCAACACACUGGCUGCCAGAAGGCUUUCAGCAACUCCAGUGAUCGCGCCAAACACCAGCGAACACACCUGGACACAAAACCAUAUGCUUGUCAGAUCCCAGGGUGCACAAAGCGCUACACUGAUCCAAGCUCAUUGAGGAAGCAUGUCAAAGCACACUCUGCCAAACAGCAACAGGUGCGUAAGAAGCUGCGUUCAGGCACUGAACUUGAACCGGAUAUGAUGAACGAGUGCCUGACUAUUCAGCCUCUUCAGCCAGUGGCUUCACCACGCAAUGUAACAAGCAACACAAUUGGAAGAACUUUGGCAGUCAAUCAUGAGAUAUACCCAGGGAUGUACAGUUGCUCUCCCACCAGCCACAGUGGGCCAGCAGCACCUGUUUUGUCAUCUCCGCAUCUUACACGAAGUUCAUCCUCUGAUUGCCCUUCCAUUGAAGGGAACUUGCACAGUCCACAUGGUCAUCUUGCACAACUGCCUGCGGUGGAGAACUCGAGACAAGGGCCCGGAUCAGUGGUUCUUCCUUUUUCUUCUCUGGUCAGUCCAAGGAAAGUGUUAGCUCCAUCACUGCUGCAGAGGCAUGGUCCUCACUCACCUCAGCCAUCUAACAACCAACUCAGCGGAGGGCACCACAAGUCCUACCCAGUCUUCCAAAGUCAGCUGAUGCAACCCCUCCAAGCAGGUUACCAAGGAAGCUUUCACACCAUGCAGAACACCUUCCAGUAUGGUGAUUCGUUUAGAACAAUGGAGCACUCAGCUAUUCACAAUUCCCUUUCAGCUGAUGAUUCUCACUGUCCCAGUCCAGCUCGGCAAAAUGGCUACCAUUCAUUCAUUGCACAUGCCAGUCUAUCAGGUUUUGAUAUUGUUCCGGAAUCUCAAGCUACAUUUGGAGAAACACUGCAUAAUGAGUUAGAAGACAAUGGACUCUUCCAGGUCAACACCAUUGACCGUUGUCUAAGUCAGCUGUCCUCUGUCUACACAGAGACCUGAAAUCAAUGUCUUUCAGCUGUGUCUUCCUUAUUGGACUAACAACUGCCUGGCACAUCUCUGCUGGAGUUACAUACAAAGACCAAAUAUUAAACAAUUAUAUUGAAUUAUUUAAUGUAUCUUAUUACAUUCCAACAUCCAUAGACUAUUUACCAACUCCAAUGAUCAACAUCCAAAAUGAAAUGAUGAUAGGUAGAUUUUAUGGUGUGUUAACACAUUGUUGUGCAAAUCUAUUGUACAGUGCUCAUAAGCCUAUCACUAUACAUCAACUAAAUCAUCACAGUUGUCAUCGUGAAUUCAAGCCUCAUCAACAGCAUAAAACUCUUUCUGUUCAUCAGCAAGUAGUUGGAGCCAACCCACCAUUUUUGACUCAUGGUCAAAGAAAAGGAACAAA